GUUCAUGGAUAUCAGUAAGGUCACGCCAUUCAAACAAACUUGCCAGAGAGGUUACAGGGCACCAGGCCUGCGUAUAGCGUUCACUCGACGAGCAGCAACAACGUUACAGACUCACUUCAAUAUGGCGAAACUUAUCACCGUUUUCGGAGCAACAGGAUCACAGGGAGGGUCUGUCGCCAACGCCCUGCUGGAAGACCAGGACUUCAAAGUCCGAGCUGUGACGAGAAACGCCUCUAGCGACAAAGCGAAGGCAUUGCAGGAGAAAGGUGCCGAGGUCGUUGUGGCGAGUCUGGACGAUCCGAGCACGCUGGAACCUGCCCUGCAAGGUGCUCACGGAGUCUUUGUGGUGACCAACUAUUUUGAACAUUUGGACCAGGAAAGGGAAGUCAAGCAAGGCAAGGCCGUAGCGGACGCGGCCCGAGCUGCCGGGGUGCUGCAUGUGGUGUUCAGCGGCCUGGAGAAUGUUCAGAAGAUCGCGGGGUUUCCCUGUCCGCACUUCGACGCCAAGGGGCAGAUAGAGGAGUACAUGACGUCACUCGAACUGCCCGUGACCGUUGUCAGAUACCCCUUCUACUACGAAAACUACCUGAAUGUCUUGAAGCCACAGAAACAGGAGGAUGGGACGUACGUUUUGGGCGUCCCAAUGGAAGGCGCUGCGAUGGACAGCGUCAGUGUAGCUGACAUGGGUCCGGCUGUCAGGGAGAUCUUCAAGAACUGGGCCGAGUGGGUCCGCCGGACUGUCGGUUUCACCGCAGACAAACUCACCAUUCAGCAAUACGCAGACAUCCUCUCCAAGCACCUGGCACCGAAGGUGUUCAAGGCUACCGACAUGACAGCUGAUGCGUUUGGCCAGCUGGGUUUCCCUGGAGCGGACGAUCUGGGAAACAUGUUCAAGUUCAUCCGACUUUACAGCCCUGACCGGAGCUUGGACCUGACCCGCCAGCUGCACCCCGCCGCCAAGACCUUCGACACGUGGGUGGGAGAGAACAAGGACGUGCUACAGAACGCCCUGGACUAGCGAGUGUCUGUAGCUGCAGAUUCUGAGAAAAUUUAGAUGACUCGUCAUGUGAAGACGGGAUGAAUAAAAAUGCAUUAUUU